AUGUGUAUCUUCCUCCGUGGAACAAAGAAACGAGGUGGACAUCAAUCACAAUUAAUGUUUGAGAAAAGGGUCAGGACUGGAGUCUCAGACAUGGCCUUAAACCCCAAUCAUCACAGCUGCAGAAGGGUCAGAGCAGAUGCCCAGACGUCCCACUCCACACACUUCCUCCAGCUCAUCAGGAGGAAUCCUGAGGCGUUGCCAGGCCAGCUGAGAGACACAGUCCCUCCAACAUGUCCUGGGUCUUUCCUGGUCUCCACCAAGAAUAUAACCCUUCUCAUCCUCAAAACCUGA